AGUUCCCGGUAAUUCGUGCUUCCACUUACAGGCCUACUUCUGAAAGGAGCGGCGUAUAAAACAAACAAAACACCCGUGUAAAUUCCGAAGUCUAGGACAUGAACGGUAGCUGAAGAGUUUUAAAGGACACUUAUCGAGGAUAAACUGAAACAGCGGGAAGAGUUGUCGCCCGCCGUCGACGAUGACGGAUUCAAAUCUGCCGGUGAAUUGUGUCACGGAACUCAAACAUGACCAAGUACAAAAAGUGGACAAAUACCUGUGCCGCCUGCGGCUGUCUGAUGAGAACCUUAUGGAUGUUUCGGUGAGGUUUCGGCGGGAGAUGGACAAAGGCCUUUGUCGAGACACCAAUCCUACCGCUGCCGUUAAGAUGCUGCCCACAUUUGUACGCUCCACUCCUGAUGGAACAGAGGAGGGUGACUUCCUUGCCCUCGACCUAGGUGGGACUAACUUCAGAGUGCUCCUGGUGAGAGUGUCUGCUAAUGGCAAGCAAAAAGUGGAGAUGGAAAACCAGAUCUAUGCCAUCCCUGAGCACCUUAUGAGAGGCAGUGGCUCUGAGCUUUUUGACCACAUAGCAGAUUGCCUGGCUAAUUUCCUGGACAAAUUGGGCAUGAAGGAUAAAAAACUCCCACUUGGUUUCACCUUCUCUUUCCCGUGUCAGCAGGCUAAAUUAGAUGAGAGUAUUCUGGUGUCUUGGACCAAAGGCUUCAAGGUGAGCGAAGUGGAAGGAAAGGAUGUGGUCAGCCUUUUGAGGAAAGCCAUCAAAAAACGAGGGCUCUGUUUGCAGGACUUCGAUAUUGACAUUGUGGCUGUUAUCAACGACACAGUGGGCACCAUGAUGACUUGUGGCUAUGAUGAUCAUCACUGUGAAAUAGGCCUCAUUGUGGGAACUGGCACCAACGCUUGCUACAUGGAGGAGAUGCGCAACCUGGAUCUAAUAGAGGGGGAUGAGGGCAGGAUGUGUGUCAACAUGGAGUGGGGAGCAUUUGGCGACGAUAACUCCCUGGAGGACCUGCGCACAGAGUUUGAUCGGGAAAUAGAUGCAGCCUCUCUGAAUCCUGGCAAACAGCUGUUUGAAAAGAUGAUUAGCGGACUGUACAUGGGGGAGUUAGUGCGCCAGAUUCUGGUGAAGAUGACUAAGGAGCAGCUGCUGUUUCAUGGUCGGGGCACUCCAGACCUCCUCACCACUGGAUGUUUCCACACCAGCUACAUCUUCUCCAUCGAGAACGAAAAGGAGGGUCGUAUGAAUGCUGAAAAGGUGCUGAAGGGCCUGGGUUUGGACCCAUCUCCUGAGGACUGCAUAGCCACUCAGAGGGUGUGUGAGAUUGUAUCUACACGAGCUGCCCACUUGUGCGCUGCCACUCUAGUGGCUGUCCUUCGUCAGAUCCGGGACAACAAGGCGGCUGAAAGGCUGCGCACCACCAUUGGAGUGGAUGGCUCCAUCUACAAAAACCACCCACAGUUUGCCAGAAAGCUCCACAAGAUGGUGCGGCGUCUGGUGCCAGACUGCGACGUGCGCUUUCUGCUGUCAGAGGAUGGCAGUGGUAAAGGUGCAGCGAUGGUAACAGCGGUGGCCUAUCGCUUGGCCACACAGCAUGCUCAGCGCCAGCAAAUCCUUGACACCUUGCGUCUAAAUCGUGAGCAGCUGCUGGAAGUGAAGAGGAGGAUGGCAGAAGAGAUGGUGCGGGGUCUGACCAAGCAAAGCCACGAGCAGGCCAGUGUCAAGAUGCUGCCCACCUACGUCAGGUCCACACCAGAUGGAACAGAGCAAGGUGACUUCUUGGCUCUGGACCUUGGCGGCUCGAAUUUCCGUGUGCUCCUGGUUCGAGUGCAAAGUGGUAGCAGACGACGCAUUGAGAUGCACAAUAAGAUCUAUAACAUCCCCCAAGAAUUCAUGCAAGGCACUGGGGAGGAGCUAUUCGACCAUGUUGUCUGUUGCAUGGCUGACUUUCUGGAAUACAUGAGUAUGAAAGGAGCAACCUUACCUCUGGGCUUUACGUUCUCUUUCCCCUGUCAUCAAAGCAAGCUCGAUCAGGGGAUCUUGCUGAAAUGGACGAAGGGUUUCAAAGCCAGUGGAUGUGAGGGGGAGGAUGUUGUCAGGUUACUUAAAGAUGCAGUUCACCGCAGACAGGAAUUUGACUUGGAUGUUGUGGCAGUGGUAAAUGACACAGUAGGAACCAUGAUGACCUGUGGUUACAAGGACCCACUGUGUGAGGUGGGCCUCAUUGUAGGAACAGGAACAAAUGCCUGCUACAUGGAAGAAAUGCAGAAUGUGGACCUGGUGGAAGGUGAUCUCGGCCGCAUGUGCGUCAACAUGGAGUGGGGGGGGUUUGGCGAACAUGGUGAACUAGAUGACUUCUGCACCGAGUUUGACUACACUGUGGAUGAUCAGUCCUCCACCCCAGGCAAACAGAGAUAUGAGAAGAUGAUCAGUGGCAUGUACCUGGGGGAGAUAGUGAGGAAUGUGUUGCUGGAGUUUACUUCCAAGGGCCUGCUGUUCAGGGGGAAGCUGUCUGAGCGGCUCAAGACUCGAGGCAUCUUUGAAACAAAAUUCCUGACGCAGAUUGAGAGUGACCGCCUGGCCCUGCGGCAGGUGCGCUCCAUUCUACAGCACCUGGGUCUCACCAGCUCCACAUGUGAAGACGGUAUACUGGUGAAGGAGGUAUGCAGCGUUGUGGCCCGCCGGGCAGCCCAGCUCUGUGGCGCUGGGCUGGCCGCCGUGGUGGAUAAGAUAAGACAGAACCGCAACCUGGAGCAGCUCUGCAUCACCGUGGGCGUGGACGGCACACUCUACAAAAUGCACCCACAUUUCUCCAGCAUCAUGCGUGAGACUGUGCAGGAUUUGGCACCACAGUGUGAGGUGACUUUCCUUCAGUCUGAAGAUGGAAGUGGGAAGGGAGCAGCAUUGAUCACAGCAGUGGCCUGCAGGAUCAGAGAGUCGGAGCAGCACUGAACCUUUAGCACCAUCAGGAUGCUGAACACAAAGCACAGUUCCUGGAACAAAUUGCUGGGCCAUGUCACCAAGGACAAGCAAAGGUUUAUAUUUGGUGUAUUUUUGUUCCUUUGUGUAGAUCUAUUUUGGCUGAGUUUAUUUCUGUGUUGUAGAGGUCUGGCACAGAUAUAUCUGUGUAAGAAGAGUGUUUGGUAGGUCUGUGGAAUAGGUAGGUGCAUAUCUACAGUGGUGCUUGAAAGUUUGUGAACCCUUUAGAACUUUCUAUAUUUCUGCAUAAAUGGAGAUGGUUUUGCAACCUUUUCCAGCCUGAUGAGCAUCAACAAUGCAUUUUCUGAGGUCCUCAGAAAUCUCCUUUGUUCUUGCCAUGAUACACUUCCACAAACAUAUUGUGAAGAUCAGACUUUCAUAGAGCCCUGUUCUUUAAAUAAAACAGGGUGCCCACUCACACCUGAUUGUCAUCCCAUUGAUUGAAUUCACCUUCAAAUUAACUGCCAAUCCUAGAGGUUCACAUACUUUUGCCACUCAGAUAUAAUAAUAAUAAAAAUAAUAAAUCAAUCUUAUAUAGCACUUUUCUAAACCUCAAAGUCGCUUUACAAUAAACGGUGUGAAACAAGACAACAGAUAUGUAGUAUUGGAUCAUUUUCCUCAAUAAAUAAAUGACCAAGUAUAAUAUUUUUGUCUCAUUUGUUUAAUUGGGUUCUCUUUAUCUACUUUUAGGACUUGUGUGAAAAUCUGAUGUUUUAGGUCAUAUUUAUGCAGAAAUAUAGAAAAUUCUUAAGGGUUCACAAACUUUGAAGCACCACUGUAUUUAAGAAAUCUGAUCAUUAGAAAGAGAUCUGCAAAGCUAAUUUAUAAUGCUAAUUUCAGCUUUAGCGGUACAGUAAAGCCUGCAUGCCUUGGAAGAGAUAAUAUUUGUCUGUCUGAAAUGUGACUGUAAAACUAUUUUGGAAGUUGCACCAAAAGCAUAAAAUUCUUCUGGAAACAGUGAAACCAUGUUGCUUAAUUUUUACAACUGUGUGCUGCUUUAAAUAAGCAAGCGUUAAGUAGAUUUCAUCAGUAACUAGAUGAACUUAUCCACAUGCAUAUGUUUGCUUACUUUUUUAGGACCGUCUUGUUUUAAAUCUUUAUCUCCAUUAGGCGUGGACGAUAUAUCGAAUAUACUCUGCUGUAUUGCAGCUUGUUCAACGUGGGAUGCAGUAAAUGACUAUAUCGCCAACUACAAGUACAAAUUGUCACUUUAACUCACUUUGGCGUUUUGCUUCUCUCAUUUUCUCCUAUGGGUCUCUCCCUGUCACACACACAAAAAGAAAAAAACUCACAUUCAUUGCAUACACUCGCCCACCUAUCCAGACCACUGUCCUGGGCGAGUGUAUGUGAUGUAUAUAGGUGAGGCUUGUGUAUUUAUACCUGGAGGGAACAGGGAAAGAGCCUGGAGAGAGCGAAAGAAGUGAAGUGCCAAAGCGAGUUUAUACGCGUUGAAUUCGGAAACAGUAAGAGAAGAGGGCGGCAGAUAGAUUGGUUCCAAAAAGAAACAGCACUGGGUUUGUUACUUUGAGCUCUGUUUUUCCCACAACAUGCGCAACUGCCGCUGUGGACUAUGUGUCCCAAAUUGUGGUCACUCACUCACUCAUGGAAAACCUGAGGGUGACGUUUAGUAGGACGCGCUCAGAACUGAUGUGUGGAGACACAGAGGACAACAAAUAACGCCGUGGGUCUGGAUGGUUUCAUGCUUGUUGUUAAGGGUCUUUGUCGAGCUUGGGUUCUAUAGAACUAGGCUACAGUGUAUAGAAGACACUUUAUUAUUUGUCAUUGUACAUACAUACAGCGAAAUUCAUUUUCUGCAUUCAACCCGUCCUAUGCAAGGAGCAGUAGGCAGCCGCAGUAUAGCGUCUGGGGACCAACUCCAGUUCUUUUUUUCUAUUUCUUUUUUUUCCCUAUUGCCUUGGUCAGGGGUACAGACAGGAGUAUUAACCCUAACAUGCAUGUCUUUGAUGGUGGGAGGAAACCGGAGAACCCGAAGGAAACCCACACAGACACGGGGAUUACAUGCAAACUCCACACAGAAAGGACCUGGGACACCCUGGGCUUCGAACCCCAGUGCGUAGGCCUAUAUCAUUCCAUUAUUUAUUUUCAUUUAACAGCUGUUAAAAGCCUAUGUGUUGCCUGGUUUGAAUAAAUACUGUUUUGUUAAAUUUAA